AUGAAGAACAUCCUACCGCCCCUCACCUGCGACUGCUGCCAGACGUUCUCAACGUUGUCUGCGGUGCUGCUGUCGUCCCUCGGCUUUGCCGCAAUGCUAAGCGAGUGCUUCUCCCUCUCCACGGUGAACUAUCUUCUGUACAUUUCAGCGUGGUUGCACCAGCUGACGCUGCCGUGCUGGCCGCAGAAGCAUGUGCGACCCACCAUCGCGGACCUAAACGCCUGCCUUUACCUCCAGGAAUUUUUCCCCAGUAAGUUGAACGCGGACGAGUUCGAGGUCAUCUUCUAUAACCAAGCCCACAAAGCGAUGGAUCUGCUUCAUGCUAUGUGUGCCUCCCGCAAGCGCGCACGCACCAGCGACGGCGCGCACCCAGUGUACGGCUACGUGAUUGUAUCCGGAGACUACACCGUUUCCAUUUUCUCCGUGGAGCACGACAUCGAGAGAGGCUCGCAUAGUCACUACCGCGAGGCAUGGAGCUUCUACAUAAACGACUCACACGGCACCCAGCCCUGGUCAGAGAACAAGGCCAGUGUGUCCGGAGUGACCUUUGGUCACCACUCACACGACGUGGACGAUACGAAGGUGGCGGGAGAGGUCAGCAGCCGAAGCGGCGCCACAAGCUCGGCCGCGGGCCUCUCUGUGGAGGAUGGCAUUCACUACUUCUCUACCAUUCUGUUCACUCUCCUAGAGGAACACCGCAAAGGUGCGCAGCUUACGAGCCAGGUGCCAUACAUGACGUGGACUCCGCUGCGGCGACGGCGGUCACUGGCGUACACGGCGCAAGAACUCAAGAAGAUUAUCGACAACCAUUGGAUUCCCAAGGUGCUGUCGAAUCCGACUGUGCAGGCCGAAGCCAAAAAGUUCUCCUUCAAGCCGCUGGAGUGUUUCUGGGGAAUCGGCCCCGUACCAGCAGCGAAGACGCGCACCAUCUUGGGUGCGCCGCCUGCAUGA